ACCAGCUACAAAAUCAUGUCAAACGAGCCGAAUGCACUAACCAACGUUGUUGUUUCUGAAAGUAAUAUGGAGACACCAGUUUUAGUGAACGAUUUUGCCACGCAAGAGUUACCAGCUGAAAAAAACUUGCCCGUGGAAAAUAUAUCAGCUCUUACAUCUGCAAAUGUUUUGCAUGCUGAAAUUGAGCCAAUUAAGCUGGAUAAUUUGCCAUUGCAUCAGAAGCACAUUAUGAAACGUCUGGAAGGCAUUCGUGAAAGCAAGCAACGUAUUUUAUCUGCCUUGCAUAAAUUAAAAGAAAGUGCUACAGAUGAAAAGAUGAUACGUGAAAAUGCAUCAGAAGAUAUUCAACUGGAAAAUGAAGCGAACGAAAAAUCUAAUGAUACUAUUAAUAUCAAUGGAAGUAAUAUUGAAGUGAAAAAUACUGAUAUGGCUACUAACAGAGCACCAAAUGAAGAAGUUGAGAAUGAUGUGCAAGAACUCAAUGAAGAACUGUCGAAAUUGGGAACUGUGACGAGCAAGGCAGUUGCUGCGUCGAUUAUGAACGAUAAAUUAUUAGAAGCAUUUCAGUUGCACCAUCAGAAGAAAGCUGCAUUGGAAGAAUUGCAGCGAAGAAAUAAAGAAACUCAAAAGGGUGUAGAGAAUCAAACUUUGCAGGAAGUUCAAAUGGCUCGUUUGAAAGGUAAAUAA